GUUAGAGGUCACCGGAUUGCGCUUGGGGCUGCGGCUGCUGGAGACGGAGCGGCGGGUAGCGGCUGGGGACCGGGCGGCGGCGGGGGGGGGGGCGGGUGGCGGCGGGGGGGGGGGGGGGGGGGGGGACUGGCUUGGAACCGGUGGUCAGCGCCGGAGGGUGGCGGGGAGCGGUGACGGGAUCGGCGCCGCGGAUCGGAGGUCGGUGCCGGCGGUGGAGUCGGAUCGGCGCCGAAGGACAGCGGCGGUGCCGGGGACCGGGGACCAGUGCGGGAGAGAGGGAGGGAGGGUCGGCGCCGGAGGUCGGUGCCGGAGGUCGGCGCCGGAGCCGGAGGUCGGGCCCGGAGGUUGGGUCGGGUCGGCGCCGACGGUCGGCUACGGCGACGGGGGCCGGUGA